AUGAGUCUCAAAGUCGUGUCAUCGCUGCAGGACCAAAGCCCAUCUCGGGCCAUAGAUUGCUUGGAUAGUCAUGACGGUGAUAGUCAUGGAUCAGCCCAAUUUGAGCUUUUCCGGGGGCCUUUUGGCGCCUUGAGAUGGUCUCAGCCAUCGCUCGAUGAACCAUCCGAAUCUACUGAUCAAUUCACAAGCUCGCCAGACGAGAAUUGCGAUGAGCUGGAAUACAUAACAAGAGACGAAGAUGCUGGCUGUUUCUUCUGGCCGCUAGAUGACCUCGAGGAGAUAUCUGAAGACCUGCUCUUAGGAUUGGAUAUCCCACCCCUCGAGAGUCCCGGGACAUAUCAUAAUGAUCAAACGCAACAUUCAGAUCCGAAGCCGUUCCUCGAUGGGGGCAACAUCGAAGGCUGGACUCUCUUGUCACAUUACAAAGAGCGAAUUGUGCCGUUGAUAUCGCCCCUUCGACGGGGACAAGAAACACCAUGGAUGAGCCUCGUCAUGCCCUGUGCUGUCACUACUUUAGGUGAGCUAACUUUGGGCGGGAAGGUCAACCAUGCGAGACUCGCUCUUCUGAAUGCUGUAUGGAGUGCAAGCGCAUUCCACCUGAGUAACAACUCCAUUGGAUGCUUCGACCAAUGGACCAUCUCCGGAGAGCAAUAUCUAUCGCGCGGACAGUAUCAUUUUCAACGAUGCAUGGAAGAAGCAUGCAUGUCAAAUUCCAAAACAAGCAAAUAUAAGGAAAUUCUCAUGGCAAUAUUGAGUCUUUCAAAUGCAUUUAUGAUCAAAGGGGACCCUGGAAGACGACGAGCAUGGCUAGUGCAGAGUGAGAAAUUCAUCUGUGUAAAGGGCCUCAGCCAACCGACUCUAUCCGCCAAGAAAAGAGCCCUCCACCACUGCUAUGCUUAUAUGCGAAUCAUAGCAGAAACAACAUGUAUCGUGGGAAAUCCAGGGGAUAUCACCGAAGCGAGCUUUUCGCCAUACGAGAAUAUACCUUCCCUGUACGGGGGUGACUUCCGAGUCUAUCCCGAUCAAGAGUUCUCAACCACUGCUAUGCUCAUGGAGAAAGAUCCGGAGAUGGCACAGCGGGAUCUGCACCUCGCAAUACCUGGACAUUGGAGCUCUACGCUUUUUCCAACAGUGUAUGGAGUUGACGAAAUCUUCCUCAUGCUUCUGUCGCAAGUUAUCCGCCUAGCCAACGAGAGAGACCUGUCGAUGAUAUCUAGCAGCGCGACGGGCGUGACUCUCAGUCUCAAGGCGUUCUGGACACGAGCCAAAGCCCUAGAAAAUGCAAUUGAGCACCUCCUUUCACCAUCCAUUAGUACGCAGUAUCUACCGAAUACCGAGGGCCUCUCGACCAAGGUCACAGCCACUGCCCAAGCAAUGUACAACGCAUUAUUGAUCUUCUUCCAUCGCCGGAUAUACGAAAUCGACUCACGAAUGCUGCACGGUCAGGUGGAGGAGAUCCGCGUCUGUCUUAUCAAGGCAAAACAGGAGGAAGGGUACCAUGAUGAUAGCAAUAGUGCGGCGCUGAUUUGGCCGGCUUUCAUCGCCGCCUGUGAGGCUGUCACUCCAGAUCUGCAGUCAUACUUCUCCACGUGGUUUGAGCUGUGCGCCCGAACUACGGCACUGGUUCAUGCGUCGGUUGCUAAGGAAAUCUUUCAAACGAUUUGGAGCAAGAGGGGUGCAACUCAUGGAGAGGGGGCUUGUAGCUGGCCGGAUAUUCUGCGGGAUGGAUCUAUCCGUUUUAUGUGUGUAUGA